CUCAUGGAUCCAACUCCGAAUCUCCCAGCAUCAGCACUCUUUUCGCUCGCCGGUCAGAACGUGCUCAUCACAGGCGCUAGUCGCAGCAUCGGUGCUGCCUCCGCAAUCACCCUCGCCGAGGCGGGCACCGAUCUGUGCCUCGUCGAGCGCCCCACCACUGCCAUGAAGAACACCGCGACGCGCGAUGCGAUCGCCGUCCUCGGGCGCACCGUCCGCGUCGUAGAGUGCGACCUCGCCGACCUCGAGGAUGUCAAGACCGUCUUCGCGCGCGCACUCGACGCUAUGGGGUGGCGAGAUUCACGUCCUCGUCAACUGCGGGCAUCCAACGGAGAUCCCCGGCCGUCCAGUUCCCCGAGGCUGAUUGGGACGAUGUGCGUCUGCCUUCGUAUCUCCUUGCCCUGUUCGCUUCUUUCAUUUUCCUCUCCUUUGGGCUGUCGGAACCCAAUUGGGUUUCGCGCGUUCGUUUGCGUUCGUAUUUGCAUUUGCAUAAGCGUUUGCCUCUUCGUAAUCUGCCGGCGUGAUGUGCGCGCUUCUCUCUCUUUAGUGCGUCCUUUCUGCUCCGCAUGUUUGGGUCCUCAGGUGCACACUUGCCUCCUACGCAACCGUACAUGGUUCUUUUCCUACUCUAUGCGUCUAGUCCCUAAUGUUCACGCACUUCUCCGAUUCGCGCUUGAUUUGACUGACCGGCGCAUUCAACGUAACCUCUUCUAUCAGCGCGUAUCUGCAUGGUACCAGAUGCCUGAACUUUCGUGUGUCGGCCACGUCUAUCGCUCGCUCACAGUCGAGCGCCAUUCCCUGGGGUGGCUGAGCGCGAAGGCUGAUGGGAAGAAGGACAUGAGAGCGG